UCCGCCAUAUUGGACGGUAACUCUGGUCAGCGGCGCUGGGGCCAAGGGAGUCCCCGUUACAGUGACAGUUCGCGCGCCCCUGCUCCUCGGUGCCCGGGGCGGCCUGUGCCCCGGCCUUACCCGCUCCCCCUUCCGGGCGCUGACGGCGGCUCCGACCUCCUCGCUGCCCCCUCCCUGCCCGGGUGUCAGACACGAUGAGUCCGGCCGACGCCAAGCGAGGAGCCAAGCGCAGAAAGAACAAGCGGGGCGGCGGCCUCGGCAGUACCGGCGGCCCCGGACCCAGCGGCGGCGGCGGCGGCGGGGCGGGAGGCCUGAGCAAGAGCGGGGCCGCCUCGGCAUCGGCCGCCUUGCGGGCUCCAGCCCAGGCGGUGGCUGCCACGCCGAGCGUGGUGGGCGGCCUGCUGACAGCGCCGGCAACGGCCACCGGCAACGGAGCCCUGAGCGGCGGCGCUGGAGGGGCCGGGGCGGGACAUGGCGAGGUUUCAUUAAAUGGUACCCAGUUUACAGACAGUUCCGUUGGAUCAGAGUUCACAGGUGUUUCUCAGACUCCAUUUACUUUUGGCUUGGGUCAAAGGGCACCAUAUACAACAGGCGAGCAUUGUCUUCUUUGUAGAAGUGAACGGAAAGACACCUUGCUUUCAGAGAGCGGGAUUAAAAAUUCUAGCAAAACAGCACUUUCUACAUCUCCAAAAGCAAAUAGUAUGCUGCAUCUUCCACUGUGGGUGUGUCCAGAUUGUCGACGAACAGUCGAGAAGGAGGAGAGGCAUGCCACGCUAGAGCAAUCUCUUGUGAGCCAAGAUUUCCUUUUGCACAUGCCGCUUGGAAACAGUGGAUCACAGCAGGAAUCUGUAGGAGGAGGGAGAAUAACUGUUGGAGCACAGACAGUACCCUCUGCAGAUCUCAGUAAUUCCUCUCCUUCUGAUGUAGCAUGUAACUGUGAGGCCUGUAAUGAGCGCAGAGAAAUUUCAGCAGAGACUGAACGUGAAUCUCAGCAGCUUCAAAAUUACUGGUCAGAAGUAAGAUAUAUGGUCCGAUGUGUAUAUCGCCAAGCUGGCACCCCAUUGGCAGAUGAUCAAGACCAAUCCCUGGUACCAGAUAAAGAGGGAAUGAAGGAGUUGGUGGAUAGGCUUUGUGAAAGAGAUCCUUAUCAGCUUUAUCAACGAUUGGAACAGCAAGCUAGAGAAUAUGUGCUUGAAAUGAAGGUUCGUCUGCUCAGGCACUUGUCGCUGGGAUCUAAAGUUGCAUCAACAUUAUCAAUACCAGGCCCACCGCAGGCACAUCAGUUCAUCUCACUCCUUCUUGAGGAAUACAGUGCACUCUGUCAGGCAGCAUGCACAAUCAGCACCUUUCUUGUCACUCUGGAAAAUGAACACUUGAAGAAAUUUCAGGUGACGUGGAAAUUGCACAAUAAGCAUCUAUUUGAAAAUCUGGUAUUUUCUGAGCCACUGCUGCAGAACAGCUUGCCAACACUGGUGUCACAGCUAAGGCUUGGAACAACACACGAUUCCUGUAGUGAAGAUAUGUAUAGUACCUUGCUACAAAGGUAUCAUCAAUUGGAACAGGAGAUGGGUCAAGUGGCUGAAGCCUGGCUUGAAUGCCAGAAAAAAAUAGAUGAUUAUGUAGAUGAACAGAUGGCAAUGAAAACAAAACAGCGCAUGCUAAAAGAAGACUGGGAAUUUUUUAAACAGAGGCGUUUUAUUGAAGAGCAGUUAAAUAACAAGAAAGCACUAGCUGGUGAGAACAACUUUACAGACACAAUGAGGCAUAUGUUGUCAUCACGUUUGAGCAUGCCUGACUGUCCCAACUGUAAUUAUAGAAGAAGAUGUACUUGUGAUGACUGCAGCCUUUCACACAUUUUAACAUGUGGCAUCAUGGAUUCACCAAUAACAGAUGACAUCCAUAUUAACCAGUUACCACUACAAAUUGAUUCUGCUCCGGAUUAUCUGUCUGAGAUCCGCCCACCUAGUAUGUCUUCAGCAAGCUCUGAAUCAGGUUCCAGCUCUCCUAUCACAAUUCAGCAGCACCCAAGACUCAUCCUUACAGAUAAUGGCUCUGCACCAACUUUUGGUAGUGAUGAUGAAGAUGUUGCACCAUUAUCAGCAAAAUUUGCUGAUAUCUACCCAUUGAAUAACUAUGAUGAUGCAGAGGUCGUAGCCAACAUGAAUGGAAUCCAUAACGAACUAAAUGGUGGAGGGGAAAACAUGGCAUUGAAAGAUGAGUCUCCUCAGGUGAGCAGUACUAGCAGCAGUUCUUCAGAAGCAGAUGAUGAAGAAGCAGAUGGGGAAAGCAGUGGUGAACCACCGGGGACUCAGAAGGACGAAAUAACUCUAGGAAAGAGAACAUUAAGGAAAGAUGAGGCAAAAAUGGAUAGUCCACCCCCGUCUUACCCCAGUCAACAGGCUGACCAAGGUCCAAAUACUUGUGAAUGCCAUGUUUGCAAACAGGAAGCUUCAGGUCUGACUGCUUCAGCGCUCGCAGCCGGACGUCUUCCUGCUGGCCAUCAGUUUAUGAACCCAGAAAAACCUGCACAUCCUGCACUUCACCUUUACCCUCAUAUACAUGGACAUGUACCAUUGCAUACUAUUCCUCAUCUGCCUCGUCCACUUAUCCACCCUACCUUAUAUACAGCUUCACCCUUUACACACAAUAAGGCAUUACCGCCAGCACCGGUUCAGAAUCAUACAAACAAGCAUCAGGUAUUCAAUGCGUCGCUCCAAGAUCAUAUUUAUCCAAGCUGUUUUGGGAGCACUCCAGACUGGAAUAGCUCUAAAUUUAUAAGUCUUUGGGGAUCAGAAAUGAUGAAUGACAAGAACUGGAAUCCAGCUACCUUUUUGCCCGAGACACUUCCUGGGAAUGAUCUAUUAGCACCAGCACUCUCAGAAAUAAGACCUGAAGCACUUCCUACUACAUCUAGCAAUGAAGCAACAGCAGUUACAGAUAGCAAAGAGAAAAAAAAUGCUGCAAAGAAGAAAUGUCUGUACAAUUUCCAGGAUGCCUUUAUGGAAGCUAAUAAAGUUGUCAUGGCAACCUCUUCUGCCACUUCUUCUGUCUCCUGCACAGCUACUACAGUGCAGUCAAGCAGCAACCAGUUUAAAGUAUCAUCUAAGAGACCUUCAUCAAUAGGAGAAGUGUUCCACAAUAUCAAUAAAGAGGACCAUAGACAUUCUGCACCAGUUGCACCACGAAAUAGCCCUACUAGUUUAGCAUCCCUUCCUUCACUCUCUCCUGCUGCACUGUCUCCAGCCACUACACCCCAUAUCCCAAAUCUUGCUGCUCCAUCUUUCCCCAAAACUGCUGCAACGGCCCCUGGAUUUGUGGAUCCACAUUCAGGUCUUUGUCCCUCCACAGUUGCACCCCCUACUUCAACCACAAACAGCUCUGUAAGUGCGCCACCAAGUGUCUGCAGUGAUCCUGACUGUGAGGGCCAUCGCUGUGAGAACAGUAAUACAUAUGAUCAUCAACAGUAUGAUGGAGAGGAGAGCCAAGAUGAAGACAGCUGUUCAGAGCAUAGCUCCAGUACCUCAACAUCCACAAAUCAGAAAGAAGGAAAAUACUGUGACUGUUGCUACUGUGAGUUCUUCGGUCAUGGAGGACCACCCGCUGCACCAACCAGUAGAAAUUAUGCAGAAAUGAGGGAAAAACUUCGUUUACGUUUGACAAAGAGGAAGGAGGAGCAGCCGAAGAAACCAGACCAGAUUUCUGAAAGAGAGAGUGUAGUUGACCAUCGAAAAGUGGAAGACUUGCUACAAUUCAUAAAUAGCUCUGAGACCAAACCAGUAAGCAGCUCUCGGGCAGCCAAGCGAGCGAGACAUAAGCAAAGAAAGCUAGAAGAAAAGGCUCGUCUUGAAGCAGAAGCCAAAGAGAGGGAGCAUCAUCAAUUGCUUGAAGAGCAGAGACGGCGGGAAGAGGAGGAGGAAGAAAGACUAAAACAGGAGCUGCAACAACUUCAAGAACUUCAGCAGUUACAAGCUGUAAAGAAAAAGAAAAAAGACAGAACAAGUAAAGACUGUCAGAAGAUGGAAAUGCUUACUCGAAACUGCCAGGCAGUGAAGGAAUCAAUCCCAAACCCACCAGAAGACAUUCAGAAUGGCAUACUUGAGCAAUCAGAAAAGGUAGAAACCUCAUCUAGUUCACUGUCUAGGCAUGUAAAUCAUGUGGAACAGAGGCCAAUUCCUGAGAUGGUCUGUGAACUGUCUGAUCCCACAAACACUAGAGACUCAAAGUUGCUUUUCCAGAAAGAGAUGAAUGUGAAACAGCAUGAGCCCCUGUCUUUUCUCUUUGAUAUAAUGCAUCAUCAUAAAGAAGGUAAUAGUAAACAAAAACUAAAGCAAAUAAACAAACCCUGUGCUGAACAAAUGAAAAAGCCUGCUGAAUCCCCCAAAGCAACAGAGAUUCAGUGUAAGACCAGAAACCAACUCGAAUCCAAAGUGAAAGCAGCAGAGCUCCCACUGCUUGCAGAGCCGAAAAAAGAGGACAAAAAAACAAGCAGUAAUAACAAAAAGCAGCUGAAUCACGUAAAGGAAGAGAAAACACCUGUAGUGAGUGAGUCCCCUUCUCCAAGUGAGCAGCAACAAAACAAUAAACUGAUACUUGCAGAAUCUCCUCAGCCAAAAGGCAAGAACAAGAAAAACAAGAAGAAGAAGGGAGACAAAGUCAACAAUUCCAUAGAUGAUGUGUUUCUGCCCAAAGACAUUGACCUAGACAGUGUGGAAAUGGAUGAGACAGAACGGGAAGUGGAGUAUUUUAAAAGAUUCUGCUUGGACUCCGCCAGACAGACAAGGCAGAGACUUUCCAUCAACUGGUCCAAUUUUAGCUUGAAAAAAACCACCUUUGCUGCUCAUUGAAAUGACACAGUUUGGGGAGGGAACCCUGCAGGAAUCAAUGAAAGACAACUCCACUUAUCUGUCCUGCUGUGCUGAGAGCUUAUCUGGUCUUGAGCCAGUGCUGCCUUGCCUUGUCCCCAGUGCUGUGUGGAUCUGCACUGAACCCCUUGGCCUGAUAGUUCUUGCAGACUGAGAAAUUGCCACUUUCUACCUGAAUUUGUUAGCUUGUGUGCUUGUAGUCUGUGAGUGAGACUUACUUGAUUGUAGCUGUAUGCUGUUGGAGUUGGAACAAUAGAUUUUUUUUUUCCCCAACUCCUUCUGAUUGCCUUGGCCUCAAAGACUUUAAACCUGCUUCCUAGGCUUGGGUGGAGGCCAAAAUACUAGUUUGCAUCAUCUGCAGUGGCUCCUGUCACUUCUGCAUCUAGCUAUGUUUUGUCAUUCUGACUUCUGACAAAGGAAUGGACCUAGUCAGUUGCGCUUUCAUCUGCUCCAGAACUCUCCUGACACGGUCUCAUGAAAAAGAGGCUCUCAUGGGACAAGCAUUUCCUCAGUUCUUUCACAAUCUACUGUUAAAGAGUGUACAAGUUACGCUAUUUGUGUUUUGAUUUUUUCCUGACUUGUAGCCAGCUUGUGUAAGAAUACUUGCAGAAUGAGAACGUUUAAAAAAGAACAAUACUCACACUAUCAAAUCUGUUAUAGAGAGUAUAAUUGUAUUAACACUGAAGCCUAACUGGCUACUUUUUUAACAUAUUGUUAAGUAAUAUUAAAAUCAUGUCUUUCUUUUUGAAAGAUGGAAUACAUUAGUAUGGCAGAAGGCUUGUGUCUUGCUUUUUUCUGCUUGGGGACAGG